AUGUGGUGCAACACACACAAGACACGUCCAUACAGCCUUUGUGCAUUGGUGUCUGCUUUUCAGCUGAUCCAAAUCUCUGUUUCAAUUGCAGAGGAGUAUAGCUCAUUCGCAACACUGGUCAUAGAAUCUCUUGCUUUGGACGGGUAUCCUACCAGUGAGGGUUCUAUAUCUGAAAAUGUUGCUGCUGUGAGUGAAAGUGGACACAAACUAGAGCCCUACAACUGGCAUGUCGACAUACCCAUUACAUUCCUCCCAUUGCCAUCCGAUUUCAACCCGACGGAUUCUUGCCAUUGGUCAAGGUUGUUAGAGCAGAUCCAGUGCUGGCUGGUUAACAUACCGUCAAAUUCACAACAGUGGACAUGGGGUCGCGACACAUUCUGGUUCGCUUUUGUUGGUGCUUACCCAGACUUCCCAGGUGGCAGUUGGUUGAGGUGGGACGCAAGGAUUCCCCUCGAGGGCCAGUUCAUUGAACAGUGGCUCAAGGACGGAGCUGCAAGUGUAGGUGGGGAUCAAAGUUGUGAGGGCUUACUUGGGCAAAUAUGGGCCGAGUUUUGUACUCAUGCAAUGCUUUUCCAUCCUGAGCCUUUGUUAUCAGUUGAUUGA